CCCCUCAACUUCCUGUCCCUGAAGAGCUUCCAGGCUAGCACAUGUGGCCAAACCAGGAUGGGGACCUGGGCCCUGGGCCAAGUGACCGGAGCCAGGGCCCCUGCCUGAGGACUCCGGCUUCUCUUCCCCAGGUGCCAUCUGAUGUGGAGAUGGCUGAUCCCCAGAACAUUUCGAUGGACAGCCCAGGCAGUGUGGGGGCUGUGGCAGUGCCUGUGGUCUUUGCCCUCAUCUUUCUGCUGGGCACAGUGGGCAACGGGCUGGUGCUGGCUGUGCUGCUUCAGCCGGGCCCAAGUGCCUGGCAGGAGCUGGGCAGCACCACAGAUUUGUUCAUCCUCAACCUGGCAGUGGCCGACCUCUGCUUCAUCCUGUGCUGCGUGCCUUUCCAGGCCACCAUCUACACACUGGACGCCUGGCUCUUCGGAGCCCUUGUCUGCAAAGCCGUCCACCUGCUCAUCUACCUCACCAUGUAUGCCAGCAGCUUCACGCUGGCUGCUGUCUCGGUGGACAGGUACCUGGCCGUGCGACACCCGCUGCGCUCGCGGGCCCUGCGCACCCCGCGUAACGCGCGCGCCGCCGUGGGCCUGGUGUGGCUGCUGGCGGCGCUCUUCUCGGCGCCCUACCUCAGCUACUACGGCACCGUGCGCUACGGCGCGCUUGAGCUCUGCGUGCCCGCCUGGGAGGACGCGCGCCGCCGCGCCCUCGACGUGGCCACCUUCGCGGCGGGCUAUCUGGUGCCGGUGGCCGUGGUUAGCCUGGCCUAUGGGCGCACGCUGCGCUUCCUGUGGGUCGCCGUGGGCCCCGCGGGUGGGGCGGCGGCCGAGGCGAGGCGACGGGCCACGGGCCGCGCGGGGCGCGCCAUGCUGGCGGUAGCCGCGCUCUACGCCCUCUGCUGGGGCCCGCACCACGCGCUCAUCCUCUGCUUCUGGUACGGCCGCUUUGCCUUCAGCCCCACCACCUACGCCUGCCGCCUGGCUUCGCACUGCCUCGCCUACGCCAACUCCUGCCUCAACCCGCUAGUCUACGCGCUUGCCUCGCGCCACUUCCGCGCGCGCUUCCGCCGUCUGUGGCCCUGCGGUCACCGCCGCCGCCACCGCUCGCGCUGCCCGCCCGGUGCUCGCCGCGCGCUCCGCCGCGUUCGCCCGGCGUCCUCGGGCUUGGCUGGCCGCCCUGGCGACGCCAGGCCUCGCGGGGAGCUGCCGGCUGGCGGCGGCUGGGGCGCGGAGUCCAGGGGGAAGCAUGCUCACCGCAUAGGGACGUCGCGAGCCCUGCCUACCCGAGGACCUGAAUAAACCUGGCCAGUCUGGA